AUGGCCGCCAACAGCGCAUCAGAGCAGAUGACACCCUCUAAAUUGGAGCCGAGCAUCGACCACCAAGAAGGAGUUGUCAUGGAAAAGGCAGGCACUCAAGGCGAUGUCGAUAUUGCCGCUCAAGCUCUACAAGGACAGAACUUGGACUUCUCUGAAGAAGUCCGCAAAAUUGACUGGCGUAUUCUUCCCCUUGCUGCCUGGUCCUGUGGGCUUCAGUUCGUCGAUAAGUCCGCUCUCGGUGCAGCAGCCACUUAUGGCCUCCGCGACGAUUUGCAUCUCGUAGGCCAGGAGUACUCAUGGUGUGUUUCGAUGUUCUAUUUUGGAUAUCUGGCAGGCUCUUUUGUCUCUGGACGUGCUCUGCAGUACUUUCACGCCGGAAAAGUUAUGGGAUUCGCCUACUUUGCGUGGGGCCUAACAUUGUUGGGUUGCAUGGGAGCACAAAAUUUCGCAACAUUGAUGGCUCUGAGGUUUCUUCUUGGAUGCUUCGAAUCUGCACUUGUUCCUGGCCUAUUGCUUGUGACCACGAUGUGGUAUACUCCACAAGAGCAACCAUUCCGCUUUGGGCUGUGGACGGUCACUAACGGUAUUCUGCCUGUACCUUUCUUGGUGAUCUACUGGGGUCUUGGUCAGGUCACAGGAGGGCCGCUUUAUUUUUGUAUGCCAGACAACCCAAUCACCGCGCGAUGGUUAAACGAUCGUGAAAAGGCAAUUGCAGUGAAGCGUCUUGCCGAUUGCCAGAACGGAGUAAAGAAUGCUCGGUUCAAAUGGGAACAAGUUAGAGAAGCUGUCACCGAUUAUCAUUUCUGGAUGAUAGUUAUGCAAAUGUUCCUUUCCCAGGCUAUUGGUAACGUCACAACUAAUUUCCUGGGGAUUAUCAUCAAGGGUUUCGGAUAUACAGCACUAACAGCCCAGCUCUUCACCGCCCCUAAUUAUGCUGCUCAGGCAUUUACCCAAAUUCUCGUGUCUGCUCCGCCUACAUUUUUGAGCCGUUUCCAAAACUACAAGCAGCCACUGACUGCUGCUGCCAGUAUCAUCUCACUCAUUGGGAUAAUAGUUCUCUACAUUACGCCACCAGAACCCCAGUAUCAGUCACGUCGUCUGGGAGCAAUUAUUACUAUAUCUUGUGCAGGUGUCAAUUAUACAGUCAUCAUGUCCGUGAUUGGUGCAAAUGUGGCAGGCUUUACGAAGAAGCAGGUCACAACUUCGAUGACCUUCUUCUUGUAUUGUAUCAUCAAUAUCAUCACUCCCCAGACGUUCCUUGGCAGUGAGAGUCCAAGCUACCCUACGGGGUUGACUUUUGUGAUGGCGACCUUGAGUGCCUUUAUCGUACUAACACUGGCAACCUGGGGCAUGAUGCAGAUAGAAAAUAUUAGACGCGACAAGUUAGCUUUGACAAACCCAGCUUAUACUACUGGAGACGAAAAUGAUGAUCUGAUGUCAGGGCUUAGAGACGAAACGGAUCGCCAGAACAAGCAUUUCCGUUAUUCAGGCUAA